AUAAGAAGGUUUUCUUAUUUUAGAUGGCACGCUGCAAAUUUGAAAUAAAAAAUUGGCUAGGUUCUACAAGGAUAAACUAGUACUCCCUCCAUCAUAAUUUAUAAUGCUUGUUUACUAUUCACAUGAUCAAAUUUCAUUCACUUUCUUUUUCUAUUUUCGUUAACAAUUUGAUAAAAUAAAGUAGUAUUCUCACUACUAGUUUUGUAGAUCUUUUGAUGUAGCAUUUUAAUAUGUAAUUUUUAUUUUUUAACUCUAUACCAUUUGUCAUAUAUCCUCUGGUUUUCGGGUGGGAACGUUCACCACUAUAGCUAAGCAGCCUUUCCCCCCAUAAAAAACUCUUCAAUGAUCUCUUCUAAGAGGACAGCUCAAAAUGCUGUGGUCCUAUUCGGAAAAUUGAAGCUCCUCGAAAUGGCACAACAUGCCUACUCACUUCAUUGACCACAUAUCCUUCCACAGAUUGAUAGUAAAAUUGAACUUCUGAUUUCCCUUGCUCUUUUGAACGGGCGCCUUCUUUCUGUAAUUCCUGUUGUUCAUUGGGACAUACAAUUAGAGACUGCUAUUAUGCUACUAAUCACAAUUUAAGGGGUAUUAACAAGCAGUUUAUUGAAUAACCAGUCAAGGGGUACAUGCCAAACUAAGUCCAGAACUUGGCAGGAUAUUUCCACUAUGGGGGGGUCAGAGGUAUUCUAAAGUUUCAAAAAAUUCACACACAGUGGGAAAGUCUAGAGUGAAUGAUGGCUAGAUAUUAUAAAUCUAAGAAGUGCUAGGCUACACAUACACUACUUCCAUACAAUAGGGUUAAGGAUGAUGAUGGUUGGACAUUGGGUCACGACAGACCCAAGAGGGGCCAGGAGACACAUCCAAAUACCACUUAUGUUUGGAAACCUGUUCAAAAGAGCUUAAAUCAUGCCUAUAGCAUUACAACUCGUUCAGGAAAAAGUAGGAACAAUGCCAUCAGUGACAUGCAAGAAAAGGACAAAGACAUUAAUUCAUCUUUUCUUUUUACCCCUUUGGGCAAAUAUCCUGUUCAGAUCCUAGAAGAUUAUAAUAACCACAACAGCAGUACUAUUAAAACGUGGGGUGUCCAUCCAUCCUCAAAGUCACAGAUCAUUUCCCUAUUUUCUCCACAGCUAAGAAGUUUGUGUAACACCCUCCGUCCCGCAAACUCGGUUCGCUGCUGCCCAACGGGCCGGAGGGGUUACAGAGAUGGUAUUUAGGAUCAUCCAAAUGAAACUUAUUGAAUUUAACAUUUUAAAACUUAAACCCUUGAAAUGUUUAUUCAAAUAAAAACCGUUGGGACAAUUAAUUCCCUUAGAUGACCGGAGUAAAUGAAACGUUACGUUGCGGAAGCAUUAGAAAAACCAAACGUUCAGUCCAAACAAAUUAAGUAUGAAAAAGGUGGGUUCAAGCCCAAAAGUGUUUAUAAUAUUAAGUAAGAAAUAAACAAGGUCCACGCCAUCGCCUAUCUGCCGCCCCGAUAUCCCAAUCAUCUGGGUCAGGCUCCAUUAUCAUCACGCCUACCUGCGUAUAGCAAAAACAACGCUAUACGCUCAGCAUAAGUUGAGAGGUAAUCUAGCAGUAGAACACAUAACAAUAUUUCAUAUGGAUAUAGUUAGAGAUACAAUUUGAGUCGGAUAUAUUUCGGUUUCGGAUCAAAUAUAUUUUGGAUAUAUAUUAUUUUCUAAUUAAAAUUUUUGGAUCAAAUAUAUUUUGGAUAUAUAUUAUUUUCUAAUUAAAAUUUAACUAUCAGUGUUUCUUUUUAUGUUUUAUCACAUUUAUCAAUCUAUCAUCAAUUCAAUACCUCAUAUUAUUUUAUAUUUUUUUCUAGUUAUAUUAUCUCUACCCUAAAUAAUCUUCCCUUUUUGACUUUUUAGUCAUAUUUUACAAAUUUGGACUACAAAUUAUGAAAACAUAUAUUUUAAUUAUGAUAUAAAUUUAAUAUAAUUAAAUUGAUUUUAAAAUUUAAUUUUGAAAUAUAAAAUUUUUCUCACAUAUACUAAUAUACUUAUGUAUAUAAAUGAAAGGAUAAAAGAUAAAUUCAAAUAGUCUUAUGUUCCAUUUGAAUACAAUUUGGUAAAAAUUGAGUAAAAUUGGGUGAAAUUAAGUGAAUUUUAUUCAAUUGAGUGCAAAAUUUGUAAAUUAUUGAGUAUAUUUGGUUGAAAAUAGAGAAAAUUAAAUUUAAUAGAGUCAAAUAUAAUUAAUUUUACACCUAAAUGUAAUGGUGUUGAUCAAAUUUGAAAAUGAUAACAGUAAAGGCUGUCGCUAGAGAGUCUUUUCAAAAUGUUAACACUAGCAUCUAAUUUUAUUGACUAAUAUUGAGUGAAUUGGUUUGAAACUAAUCAAAUUAACUCUCAAAUCAAUAAAAUUUAUUGUAAUGAGAUGAAAUUAGGAUAAAAUCUAGUUAUUCCAUACAAUUCAUCAUAUAUUUCUUUCGUCCCAAAAAGAAUAUCACACUUCCGCCAACAGGAAAUUCAACGAGUGCAGAUAGUCGAUUAUCAAAGUUGAUAAUCGAUUAUCACGACAUCCGGGUUCUUGUUUUGGUCUGUUUAUUCAUAUUCAAACUUUUGAAAACAAUGAUGAACACUUAAUAUUCACCAAGAUAUCAAUGUACGUAGUACCUACUGAUUCCAACGAAUUAAAAGGUGAUUUCUUGUUUUAGCAACUUCAUACAAAAGUCUUUAUAACAAGAAACUACGAGUGUACAAAUUCAACAUAGAAUUAGCCGGGUAAUUAUAUAAAUAUAACGAUAUGAAAUCUACUACGGAUUCUAAAGCUAGAGGGCAACGUACUCACCUCUAGAACAAAGGGGGUGACAGACGAAAAAACAGAAUGAACGACCUUACGUGUGAACCUUCUUCUUUUCUUCCUUCUUCUACCUCACCUUGCCGGCACUCCUUCCUUGCUUUGCUGCCUUGGCUAAACCACAAAGGGAAGAUGGAGAGGUGUGGGUGUUAAUGGUGUGGGGGUUACAAAAUGGUGAAGAAAUGGAGUGGAGAGGUAUGUAUAUAAUAAAGGGGAGUGGUGGUG